GCGCUGCGGGAAGUGUCCCGGCACUGGUGGCAGCAGCUCCCGGAGCACUGGGAGCACUGGGAGCACUGGGACGGGGGCACUGGGCACUUCGGGACAGGGACACGGCGGCAGGGGCACUGCGGACACUGGGAGGGGGUAGCUGGGACCACCGAGAGCACUGGGGACACUGGGAGCACUGUCCCCACACUGUCCCCACACUCCGCCUCCCCCAUCCCCGUGCCUCAGUUUCCCCCCGCUCGCAGCCCGGGGCGGGGCGGGGGGGUCCCUCUCAGCCCCACCCGCGAUGCCGGGGGUCCCGCUGCCCUUCGUCGUCGUCGUCGUCCUCCUCCUCCUCCUCCUCGCCGGGGCCCCCGCCCGCUCCUUCCCACGGGACCUGGUGGCUCGCAGCACCGUGGGGCUGGCAGCCACCGCCUCGUACCCGCGUUUCGGGGGUCUCCGGGGGGACAACGGCACUGCCCGGCUCGGCCUCGACUUCCAGCGGAUGCUGCGGCUCAACGGGACGCUCCUGGUGGCCGCCCGGGAUCACAUCUACGCCUUCGACCUGGGGCAGGACAAGGGCACGCUGUACCCGGAGCGGCACCUCACCUGGGAGACGCAGGACAGGGAGAACUGCGCCAUGCGGGGCCGGCGGCAGGACGAGUGUCACAACUACAUCCGUGUGCUGGUGCCCCGCGACGCCGAGACCCUCCUGGCCUGUGGCACCAACGCCUUCAGCCCCCUGUGCCGCACCUACCAGGUGAGCAGCCUGGCACAGCAGGGUGACGAGGUCAGCGGCCAGGCUCGGUGCCCCUUUGACGCCAAGCAAAGCAUCGUCGCCCUCUUUGUCGAUGGCAGCCUGUACUCGGCCACCGUGGCCGAUUUCCAGGCGAGUGAUGCCGUGAUCUACCGCAGCCUGAGCCCCGGGCAGGCCCCACUGCGCACCCUCAAAUACAGCUCCCGCUGGCUGCAGGAACCCCACUUCGUCCAGGUGCUGCCCUACGGCCCCUAUGUCUACUUCUUCUUCAGGGAGGUGGCAGUGGAGCUCAGCGCCCUGGGCAAGGUGCUGGUGGCCCGGGUGGCCCGGGUGUGCCGCAAUGACCGCGGCGGGUCCCCGCGGGUGCUGGAGCGGCGCUGGACGUCCUUCCUGAAGGUGCGGCUGCAGUGCUCCGUGCCUGGGAUGUGCGAGGGCACGGGGACACGAACGGCGGCCGCGUCCCCGUGUCCCCGCAGGAGCUGCCUGGCCGCCCGGGACCCCUAUUGCGUCUGGCUGCCCUCCAGGGGCUGCGUCCCCUUCUCCGAGGACCUCCCGAGUGGCUUCCAGCAGGACACGGAGGGAUCCCUCGGGAUCAGCGGGACGUGCCGAGGGGCUGCAGGGGACAGCGACAAGGACCGGGACCUGGCCCACGGGGUGCGGCACCCCGGGCCGGCGGCCGAAGAGACGGUGCCGGUGCCGGUGCUCGUGGGCUGCGUGCUGGGCGCCUUCGCGCUGGGGGCUCUGGCCAGCGGGCUGGUGACCACCUGCUGCCAGCGCCCCGCCGCCGUCCCCAAAUCGCCCCCGGAGCCUCCCUGCGCCCCGCGGAGCCCGGCCCAGCCGCCCGUGCCCCGCCUGUACCCCGCGCUGCCGCCCCAGGGCGCGGCCGCUGCCCCGCGGGACGGCCCCGAGCCCGAACCUCCCGCUCGGGCACCCCGGGACCGGGAGCCCCGGCUCGGCCACGCCGCCGCCCUGAGCCCCGCCGAGCCCCCCGGGCCGGGGCCGCCGGUGAAGGCGGCCCGGGAGGAGAUGCUGCAGCGGCCGCAGCGGGGUUCGGGGCGGUCCGUGACCCAACCGGGCACCGGCUCCUUCGCCAACCGCGUGCUGCCGCGGGCAGCGGGGCUCGGGCCCCCCUUCGGACCCCACGACCGGGCUCCGGUGCGGCUGGACGUGCCCCCCGACAGCCCCCGCCCCUCGGCGGCCGCUGGCGCAGAGCCACUCGCUGGGGGGGACCCCCGUGAGCCCCCCCGGGCCGGUGCGGGGUCUCACCCGCAUGCACUCGCUGGGGACAACGGGGGGGACGCCCUGGGGACCCCGGCCCGGCGGCCUGGAGCGCUCGCUGUCCGUGAAGCCCCCUGUGCUCCCCAAGCCGCUGCUGCUGCCCGCGGCCCCGGGGCGGCCCUGAGACCCUCCGGGGACACCCCGAGUGCAGCUGGGGGGGACCCCCGAGCUGUCACCGCCCCCCAGCUCUGUCCCCGUGUCACCAGGACAGCCGCCAGCAGGGUGACGGGGGGUCCCCCGUGCCCCCACACCGCAGUGAUGAGGUCUCCACGUCUCCCAUUCCCCUGGUUUUGCUUUUUUUAUUUUAAUUCUUUCUAAUUUAUUUUCUCUUUGGGGGGGUGGGAGUUGCUGUCACCCCCCCUCCUCCUCCUUUGGGGACACCAGGAAGUGGGGGGACACACGGCCCAGCCCAUCCUACUGUGUAGGACCAGGGCUGGGCCAGGGCACCGCAGGAGUGGCGCAGGAUUUUAAUAAAAAACACAGAAGGAAGGAAAAAAAAAAAAAAAA